UCGCUCUGCGCUCAUCACACAAGUAUGUGAACGUUUACAGUCUCCAGAGCGAGACGACUGAAGAUUUGUACUUCUCAGUGUUGAGGAUGCACCUCGUGCCUGUUAAAUUUUAAGAGCUCAAUAGAGUGCACCAUCUCAACCUAGCUUCAGUUUUGCAGAUAACUAAACUUUAUAAACUCUUGAGGACCACUGUGAACAUCUUGAAGCGUUUUAGGCGAUUUAUGGAUAGAGUAAAGAUUCUCACAAGGGAUCUGGAUGAUGUUUAACGACAGUGAAUGAAGAUGAGGUUGACAUCGUUUCGGUGCAGUUAGUCCAUGAUGGAUCACCAUCACGAUCUGAAAUGUAAAAUAGUUGUGGUCGGGGACACUCAGUGUGGGAAAACUUCUUUGUUAAGUGUUUUUGCCAAGGACUCCUUUCCAGAGAACUAUGUUCCUACUGUGUUUGAGAACUACACAGCCAGUUUUGAGAUCGACGCGCUGAGAGUUGAGCUCAGCCUUUGGGAUACGUCAGGAUCUCCAUACUAUGACAACGUGCGGCCCCUCUCUUACCAGGAUGCUGAUGCAGUUCUCAUCUGUUUUGACAUCAGUCGACCAGAGACUCUUGACACUGUUUUAAGGAAGUGGAAGAGGGAAAUUGAGGAGUUCUGUCCCAAUACCAAAAUACUGUUGGUUGGAUGCAAGUCAGACCUGCGCACAGACCUGGCCACAUUUGUGCAGCUGUCCAAUGACAUACCUUUAUCUUAUGACCAGGGGUCAAACAUGGCCAAGCAGAUCUCCGCCCCUUACAUUGAAUGCUCAGCACAGCAGUCUGAGAACAGUGUGAGGGACAUUUUCCACAUAGCCACACUGGCUUGCAUCAAUAAAACAAAAAAGGAUGUCAAGCGCAUCAAGUCCAGCAGAGCCACCAAGAGGACCUCACACGUACCUAACAGGCCUGAGCUAAACUCAGUGUCAUGUCUACACAAGACCAAAACAAAAACCUGCAUAGUAAUGUGAUUUCAAAAGCCACAGAAAAGACUUGAGGCCAUUUCCUCUGCAUGCAUUCCUUUUCCAAUCAGGAUUUUUCCAAAAAAUUCAAUUGGAAAUAAAUGGGACAUGAGCUGAAGGGAGCUAAUUUGCACUUCACAAGCAUUCAUACUCAUCUCCAGCUGCAAUAUGUACCUCUGACCUAAGACAAGGACAUGUAUUAAUGGUAAUGAAGUCUAUUCUUCCCUGUUUACAUAUGCAUUUAAAAAGCACUUCAGAAUAUUUUUGGCCAUUUUUAGUCAUCAUUCAAAACUUAAAGCAGGGAAAACACUCAUUGUCUCAAAUACUGCCAAAAAUGGAGCACUCCAAAACAAGAAUCUGCUGUGGAUUUAGUUGUGAUUUAUAACAAAACCCAAUUUAUGGAAAUAACAAAUUUUAACACUAGAUCAGUGCUGUCUUAUUAGACCUGACUGCACCAAAAAUGUGUAAAAUAAUGUCACAAAUAUACAUUGUAGGUAGAGUUUUGUAUUAUGAGAAAAAAAAUAUUACAAAAUAAAUGAAGAAUAUACCUGGUCCAAACACCUGA